CGCGAACUCUCUCGGUGGUAGUCGACGGGCAGCCUCCCCGGCAGGCAGCAUCGCCGUGCGCUCAACACCGUGCGAGCUCGACACCGUCGUGCGCCUCCGCCGAGAAGUGACUGAAACUCAAAGCGUCCACUCGCAGCCUCGUGUGAUUCGAGGCCUGCUCCAGCUCCACCUUGACCUCGCCGAUUGCUCCAAGCGUCAACUCGGCUCGGAUAGCGCACGGCACGACCGUGAGAGAGGCGAUACCCGUUAUCAGCGAAGCUGACUCGUUCCGUGUCUCGGGCAGCUCUCGCCGACUCAAUCGCGGGCCGACUGUCGGCGAGAUCAUGAAUGGCGCGAAAACGGCACCGAUGAAUGGUGUUGUACCCGAUAGCGUUGGCUGGAUAACAACCCGCGGCGCCGUCGUCGAGGAUUAGGCGAGGAUCCUGAUCCCCUUCGCCUAGCGGGUGUCUGACGCCCAGCGGAGCCGCGGCGCGACGCCGGGAAGACGCGAGGAUGUCGCUCGUGGUUAUCCUGAAGAAUUUUCAGGGACUCAAGUGCAAGGGCGAGAAGGUCGCGAGGAUCGAAUUUCGAGAAGUGUCACAUUACUCGGCGAAUCUCGAAGACAACGGGGACGUUAUCGAGGUGGAGCAGAGCUUCACAUGGAAUUUAGGGCGGCCAGUGGACGAAGCGGAGGUACUGCAAUUGGCAGUUGUGUCGCGAGGGGUCUUGAGAAAUGAAAAAGUCGCGGCGAAAUACGGCCUGGUGUUGCAGACUGUGGUGCGGGAGGGCCGGAUCCUGGUCUCGGACUCUUUAGUUGACCUCAAUAACAAACCGCUUCCGGCGGUGGUGUGUUUCGAAAUUCGAUACAAUCCCCCGGACGAAGGUUGCAGCUCCUACGCGGCCACGGAAAUAAUGGAAGACGAGCAGCAGAUGCUGAUCGACAUCGAGCAGAACAUCGCGAAUCUCGAGAGGAGCCUCGAGCAGGCGAGCAGCGGCGCUGCAGGCAGCAAGAGAAGAGGAUCAUGGCACACCCCCGAAAAAACGUCGAAAAAGGGCUUUCUGCCGAGGGGUGCAUCAGUAGCGGCCGGCGAGAAGUCUCCCGAUCGGAAGCGAAGCACCACUUUGAGGAGCAUGCGAUCAUUCCUGAAAUUGGGGAAGCAGAGGCCGCCGCGGGCGCGCUCCUGCGACAGCAACUCGGAGACGAAAGAGCUCCUCGACAGGCGGGACUCCAGCUGCCCGACUUCGAACGAGCCGUCGCGGACGAACUCCAUGACUUCUCUCGAGACGAACGCGUCCGAUAACGACAGUCAGCUGAGCGUCAGCCACGAUCAGGAGGAGGCGGCCCUGAAGCCGGCCAAAAGACCGAAGCCAAAGACCGGCGACGCCGGGCACAGCGCCUUGAAGGCGCAGGACUACCAGGUGUGCGUGACGAUCAUCGAGGCGAGGCAGCUCGCAGGGCUCAAUAUGGAUCCGGUGGUGUGCGUGCAGGUCGGCGAUCAACGCAAGUACACGAGCGUCAAGGAGUCCACCAAUUGUCCGUACUACAAUGAAUAUUUCGUCUUCGAUUUCCACAUGCCGCCCGUCAUGCUCUUCGACAAGAUCAUCACGCUCUCGGUGCAGCAAUCGCGGAAUCUCUUGCGCGCUAAUCUAACGCUGGGCAUCUUUAAGUUAGACAUCGCGACGGUAUGGGCACAACCAGAUCAUCAGUUCUACCACAAAUGGGCCCUGCUCACCGAUCCCGAUGACGUAACUGGAGGACCCAAGGGCUACUUGAAGUGCGACAUAAGCGUCAUCGGCAAGGGCGACACUGUGAAGAUACCUCCGAAGAGCGAAAAGGACGAGGAUGAUAUCGAGGGGAACCUUUUGCUGCCGGACGGCGUGCCGAUCGAGAGACAACGCGCUCGAUUCGUCGUGAAGGUUUACAGGGCCGACGGUUUGCCGAAGAUGAACAGCAGCAUCAUGGCGAACGUGAAGAAGGCUUUCACCGGGGAAGUGAAGGACCUGGUGGACCCAUACGUCCAAGUGUCCUUCGCCGGGCUGAGCGGGAAAACCAGCGUGAAGAGGCACAGCUACGCCCCGGUUUGGAACGAGCAGAUCGUUUUCACCGAGAUGUUUCCGCCCCUUUGUCAGAGGAUAAAAAUACAACUGUGCGACAACGACCCUGUGCACGCCACUGUCAUCGGCACACACUUCGUCGACCUGAAGCAGAUAAGCAACGACGGCGAGAAAGGCUUCUUACCCACUUUCGGCCCGGCGUUUAUCCAUCUUUACGGCAGCAUCCGAGAUUACAGCCUCAUAGACGAGCACUCGACGUUGAACACCGGCCUGGGUGAAGGGAUCUCCUACAGGGCAAGGCUACUGAUAGCGAUACGAACCGAGAUCAGCGACAACGUGGAAAUGGCACCGUCGGAGGUCGAGGUGGAGCCGACGGUGCCAAUCAACGAGACCGCCUACGCGAGGAACGAGGAGUUCUUCUUGUUCGCGACGAUCAUGGACGCGACAAUGAUCGACAAGAAGCUCGGCGACAAGCCGAUGUACUUCGAGAUCUCAAUCGGCAACGCUGGCAACGCUCUCGACGGCCACAACGAGAGUUUCAAGAUGUGCGAGAUGGGAUCGAAGGGUGGCGCGACCACGGAGGAGGAGGACCUGCAGGAGGUGCUCAGCGGCUCCUGGCAGAGCACCACGCCGGCUAAUAAGCCGAUGACGCACGAUAAGAUUUAUUAUUUUCUGCCGUACUGGGACGACAAGCCGUGUCUUCAUGUGAGAAGCGUAUGGCCGGAUUACAGACGUCGGAUGUACAACAGCAAUAUAAUCGGCAGGAUCGUCGACAAGCUGGAAGAGGGAUUGUCGGAGGUGCAGUCACACCUGGAGGACUCGACGUGCGAGAAACUCUUGAAGACCACCCUGGAGGAGCUGAGCGCCAACUGCAAUCGCUACGUCAGCAUCAGCAAGUCCAGCGUGACCGGCCCGGGUGUCGGCAAGACCAAGCUGGAUAAGGAGCGCACGAAGUUGUGUCAGCGGGAGCUGGAAAACAUCGGGAUCAUGUCGCGCAACCUCAAGGCCCUGGUGACCAAGAGCAGCUUCAAGGAACGGCUGAAGACCGCGCACAGUUACCUGCAGAAGCUCAAGUUCCUCGUGGAGGAUCCGCAAGACUCCCUGUCGGAUGUGUUCAUCUGGGUGAUCAGCUCCGGCCGGCGGCUGGCGUACCAGAGGAUACCUGGCCGAGAGCUCAUCUACUCGGUGGUGGACGAGGAAUGCGGCCGGCACUGCGGCAAAGUGCAGACUAUGUUCCUCAAGCUUCCAGGCAAAAAGAGAUUCGGGCCAGCGGGAUGGGCGAUUCAGACCAAGCUGCAGAUCUACAUGUGGCUGGGGAUACUCAAGCACAAGAAGUACUUUAUCCAAGGCCUGCCGAAGGGAUACGAGAUCAGCAAUGAGCUGAAGAACGUCGACAGACCACGCGCAUUGCCGCCCGCCGUGAUCCACUAUACUCAGAAACACAAAUUUCAAUUGCGAGCCCACAUGUAUCAAGCGAGAUCGCUGAUCGGUAGUGACGCCUCCGGUCUCUCCGACCCAUUCGCGAGGGUCAUCUGCGGUGAGUUCUGCAAGUGCACCCAGGUGAUCGACGAGACCCUCAGCCCGACGUGGGACGAGUUACUUUUGUUCGACGACAUCCUGAUCUACGGCAUUGCCGAGGAGAUCAAAAAGGACCCACCGUCCAUCGUCAUCGAGCUGUUCGAUCAGGACAAAGUGAGUCAUGUUGUAACUAUGGACAUAAUACUGCAUGAGGGCUCUGCUUUGACAGGAAAGUCGGAAUAUAUCGGCCGGGCGAUCGCACGGCCCCACGUCAAACUCGCCUCCGAAUCCUACACUCCUCCGCAAUACCCGCCGUCCUUGGAAUGGUACGAGGUAACGAGAGGAGCCUCGAGAGCGGGCGAACUCUUGGCGGUGUUUGAGUUGCUGGAACAUCCCUCCACGAAGGAUUUUGGAUUCCCGACUUUGCCGGAUCCCAAAGACCCCGGCUGCGGAUCUCAGACGCCGGGUUCCGGCCAAGACCAAGGCCCGAUUCUCCCGGUGCCCGUUGGCAUCCGGCCUACCUUGUCGAAAUACCGGAUCGAGGUGCUCUUCUGGGGCCUGCGGGACCUAAAGCGCAUCCACCUGCUGACGGUCGACAAGCCGCGGGUGGACGUCGAGUGUGCUGGUCACAUUCUCUACUCGUCCGUGAUCGCGAACGCGAAGAAGAACCCGAACUUCAACACGCCGAUCAAGUUCUUGGAGCUGGAACUCCCCGAGCAGGAGCUCUAUCGGCCGCCGUUGACAAUAAGAGCGGUGGACUGCCGGAGUUUCGGCAGGUACACCCUCGUCGGCACCCAUACCAUCAAUUCGAUUCACAAGUACAUGUACUACCCUUUGACGAAGAGAGCGAAGGACGCUCAGGAGAGGAAGAAGAGCUUGUAUCAACUGCAGUGCACGGCCCUCGACCAGUCGAAAUCGAGAUACCAACAAACGUCGCUGCCGGAAUCGCUGACCGACCUGGAGACUAACAACGGCGACACCAUCAUCACCCUCGGAUUCGAGCCUGGAUGCGGAUCCACGAAGAAGGACAAGACCGAACAGAAUUUACGCAGGAAGCAGAGCUUGGCCAACGACAACAGUAUGGGCGACUUGAGCAUGUUGGAAGACAGCGACGGCUGCCAGGACUGGUGGACCAAGUACUUCGCGUCCGUGGAGGCGAUGAUCGAGGAGAACAAGGAGCUGCGCAAGGAGAAAUCGAUAUUCCAGAAUCAGCCGAACGGAACGCUGACGAUGUUUCUGGACGACGCGGUCGCGCAAAGCCACCUGCCCGCCACGGCCGAGAAGAGCCCCGGGAUGAACGCCACGAAGAAGCUGUUCGGCCUGAAGUCAACAGCGAACGCGGCCAAGUUCGUCUCGAAGCUCAGCCCGAAGCACAUUGCGCACAAUUCCAAGAAGACCGCUCUCCUGAAAAUUUACCCGAACGAGCUAGAGGCGCAGCCCGAGUUCGAGCAGUUCAAGGAGUGGCUGCACACCUUCGAGCUGUAUCGAGGCAAGAAGACCGGCGACGAGACCGAGGACGAGUCGAGGAUCGUCGGCAGCUUCAAGGGCGCGCUCAAGGUGUACAAGUGGCCGUUGCCCAAGGACCUGGUGGAUCACACCGUGAUGGGCUUCGAUCCGCAAUACGGCUUCUUUCAAGGAGUUCCGUCGAACGAACCUAUUCACGUCCUGGUGCGGGUGUAUAUCGUCAAGGCUAAUGAUUUGCACCCCUGCGACCUGAACGGAAAGGCCGACCCCUACGUGGUCCUGCAACUGGGCGGCAAGAGGAUCAGCGACAAGGAGAACUAUGUGUCCAAGCAACUGAAUCCUGUUUUCGGCAAGUGCUUCGAGAUAGAGGCGACUUUUCCGCAGGACUCUCUGCUGACCGUGCAGGUCCUCGACUGGGACUUGGUCGGCACGGACGAUAUGAUCGGCGAGACCAAGAUCGAUCUGGAGAAUCGUUUCUACAGCAGGCAUCGCGCCACGUGCGGCCUCGCUAAGAAAUACGACGAAUCCGGCUACAACAAGUGGCGGGACGCGAUGAAGCCGACGCAGAUACUUUCGAAAUUGUGCAAGGACGGCAAAAUUGACGGACCAGUUUACUCUCACGGACGAGUCACGAUCGGCAGAAAGACCUUCUCCCUCUCGAACGAGGAAAUGGAGUAUUACGUGCACACGAAAGGAAUGGAGGAGCAUCUCGCCUUGGCGGUCCUCCAUCAGUGGAGCGCCUUCCCACGGAUAGGAUGCGCGCUGGCACCCGAACACGUGGAAACCCGGCCGCUCUACAACCCCGAAAAGCCUGGGAUCGAGCAAGGUAAGCUGGAGAUGUGGGUGGACAUGUUCCCGAUGGACAUGCCCUCGCCCGGAUCAUCCAUCGACAUCUCGCCCAGGAAGCCGAAGAGUUACGAGCUGCGGGUUAUCAUAUGGAACACGGACGACGUGGUGUUGGAGGAUGACGCUUUCUUCACCGGCGAGAAGAUGAGUGACAUUUACGUAAAGGGAUGGCUGAAAGGGCCGGAGGACUGUCAGUCCACCGAUAUUCAUUACCGUUCAUUGACGGGCGAAGGGAACUUCAACUGGCGCUUCAUAUUUCCGUUCGAUUAUCUGGUGGCGGAAGAGAAGAUCGUGAUCAACCGGAAGGAGAGUCUGUUUAGCUGGGACGAGACCGAGUGCAAGAUACCGGCGCGUCUGGAAUUGCAGGUCUGGGACGCGGAUCACUUCUCGGCGGAUGAUUUCCUGGGCGCGAUCACCCUCGAUCUCAACCGAUUCCCGCGUGGCGCGAAGAACAGCAAACUGUGCUCGUUGAGCAUGCUGAAGACCGACGGUUCUGUUCCGACGGUCAACAUCUUCAAGCAGAAGCGCGUAAAAGGCUGGUGGCCGUUUUAUGUGAAGAAGGAGAACGAGGAUAUGGAAUUGACGGGCAAGGUCGAGGCUGAGAUACAUUUACUCACGAAAGAGGAGGCCGAGAAAAAUCCCGCCGGGUUCGGUAGGAACGAGCCGGAUCCAUUGGACAAGCCCAACCGACCGGACGCGUCCUUCAUGUGGUUCCUCAAUCCGCUGAAGUCCAUCAAGUAUAUAGUUUGGCACAAUUACAAGUGGGCUAUACUGAAGGCCAUGGUAGCGAUCGGACUGAUCGUACUUAUGCUCUUAUUCUUUUACGCUAUACCAGGUUACUCCGUGAAGAAGAUCUUGGGGGCUUAGAUCAUCGCAAUUCGUCGCAGUGUCGUAGGAUCGUAAUCGUUGUUUUCAGUCGGUUUAAGGACGAUCUGAUGAGUCUCGAAGAUGUAGUCAUAUUACUGUGCUGUUACGUUUUUCGUAGUGUAGCUUAUAGCUGAGAAAACAAGAGAUCUUUAUUCGAUUAGUUCAUAGUGGACCAACAUGACACCAGAACAUAGUCGCAGGCUAGGACCAUGUUGUAAAUAAUAACUCGUGUGACGGUGACUUUAGGAGAAGAAAGAAAGGAGAAAACACUACGAAAACAGAGUAAAAAAAAAAUAUUAGCGGCAGAGAGUAGCGGCUUACACCACCAGAUAUAUAUAUAUAUAUAAUCUAUUUUUACUCAUAAUAUCCAGUCACAUCGCGACGAUUGUGUUUCGCGGGCGAAAACACAGAAAGACCAUUCGACUAUAUUCCGUCGUCAUCGAAUUGCUCAUUGUACAUUCAGAAGAUAUAUAUGUAUAAAAAAAAAAGAAGAAACGGAUAAAUAAAACAUCCGAGAAAGGUACAAACCUAAUAAAGCACUCUGUGUAACUUGUCAGCAA